GACCCAUUUGGUAGGUACUGCGCAUGCGCUGAGACAAAUAUGGUUGCAAAAAUGAUUGUUACGUGACGGUUUCAUUCGAGAUAAAUUGAGUGUAAACUUUGCAGAAGAAGACGCAAGCGGCGGUACAAUGGCAGGAGAAGAGCAGGAGAGCAAGACCAAGGGUUUCCGGCUGCUGGGGAUUCUGGAUGUCCAGAACACUCCGUGUGCCAGAGACGCCAUCCUGCAUGGAGCUGGGGGCUCUCUAGCUGCUGGCCUGCUACACUUUCUGGCCACUAGUCGGGUGAAGAGGUCUUUUGACGUGGGAUUUGCAGGCUUUAUGCUGACGACACUCGGGUCCUGGUUUUACUGCAGGAUGAACAACGCCAAGCUCCGUGUGCAGCAGAGGAUGAUCCAGGACGGCAUCAAGAACAAGGUUGUAUACGAGGGGUCCGUUCUAGACCCAACAAGCAAACCUGGAGCGCCAGGGCCCUCGUGACCCUGAUGGGGGAGAAGAGAGGACGCCGUCAGGGCCCUACAAAGACUUAACAUUCAGUUGAUUUUUGCUGCACAAAUUGUGGAAGGGACAAAAAAUCCAGGAUUUUUUUUUUUUUUUUUUGUUGCUGUUUUGUUUUGUCUGACAACGCAUUGGAUCUCGUAUACCAGACCCCCCGCAUAUGGACUUUUUGACUGAAGAGUAGGCUGUUGUUCCUAGAUGGUAUCCUGAUCCGGAAACAACAAUAAUUAUUUAGAAUGUUGUUCCACCAACAUAUACCAAGCUACUGUGCAAGUUAAAUUCCUACUCUCCUUUUUAAAACCCUGUGAUGCAUGACGUGCUGUGAUGAAGUCUGUUCUGGACACAGAUCUACCGCUACUUAGUGACACACUUAGUGUGAUAUACGAGAAUAGCUCAAAAUGUGAUGUGGCGUGUAUGUUUACGCGGAGUCAUUAUAUCACGCUGCUAAUUGAGUGUUUUCUAAUAAAAAGAAACACAGGACAAUGCUGUAUGGGGAUGUUGAUUGCGUAAUGCAGUGGUUCCCAACCGGGGGUCCCAGCACCCCCAGGGGAGGCGCAAGUCUUUAUCUGGUUUGAGGUUGAGGUAAAAAAAAAUAUUUUCACAUGUUAAACAAAUUAUGAUAA